AUGCAAGACCAGAUGUGGAGCGGAGAAAAGGUGGCGUGAAGCUCUUUGUCGGAAGAAUACCACAGGAGGUAUCUCAUGCCGUUGAUACAACUCUACUCAGUGUCACUUUUUUUACUAAGUAAGCGUUCUUUGUCUUUUUCAAUCUUUUCGAAUAGUAUACAAUGUGCUGCAACGGUAAAGUAGAGCUAGAACAUCCACACAAAGGUCUACAACAUGAUCCUCGCUUAAACGCUUGCAAACACAAGGACAACGACAAAAUGCAUUACAGGCAUCGGAAACGCUUUUAAGGAAAACAUUUGAGAGGUUCGGAGCAGUACUCGAAGUUUUUAAGAUGCGAGGAGAGCGGCCUGGCGAAGAGCGUCAUAGCCUUUACCACGAAGACGGCCUUACUUGCGCAUUUGUACUGAUACUCAGUAAUUUGCAUUUGGUUCUUUUGGUUUCGUUUUGAUUGAUGUACUUAUUCUGUUCUUACGAGAAGUGAGAUCCACAAAGAAAUAGACUGCACUCUGGAAACCACUGGAUCAUGAUUGCCUUUUGGAAUCAAUACGAAUACUUACAUCUUCAACUCGUUGAAUCAUGAUUGACAGGUGCGAAUGAAGGACGUAGCGAGUGCCGAAGACGCAAUAGGGAGCCUGCAUGAUAAGGAGAUACUACUGAAGAAUAGAAGAGAUACAGGACCAAUACAGGUGGCGUACGCAAAAGGCGAAGCCCAGCGACUAGGUUUAGACCAGAAGCGAGAAGCUCUCCCAAACCGACUAGAAGGCAAGGAAAUUGUUAGGCAAUUGAAGGAACGCAUGAUCCUUGAAGCGCCUGACCAGCAGUCCUUCAAAUUCAAAGAAAACGGAAUUCCGUUCUGGUUCCCAACAGAACCGCUGAUAGCAAUAGUCAAGGUAAUCUUCAUAGUGCUCAUACUCUGAACUUACUUUGACUUUACCUGAUUGAUAUCAGAGCAAAAAUUGGUAAGAUGUCAUCUGAUGAUGAACAAGAAAAUUGGAGUAUCAGAACGACAACGAGGUCGCAAAUUGUCUGGUUGAGACGUCUCGUUUCUCUUUGUUAUCAGUCUACACGCUUGGUGGACUUGGUAAACUCCUUUUGCUCACAAUUGAUUACAGGAGGGACGAAAGCGAGAUAGGAUGUUCGAAAACUGCUGGAGGCAUUAUUGUAGUGAAGGAUGGGGUGGGACUUAUGAAAUCGAGCCAGAGCGGAUGCCACAUCACGGCCUAGUCCAGUUUGCCAUGUACCUUUUUUGUCACGUACUUUGAGUUUUGGUGCUGAUGCUUUAUUGUCGCUCGUUAAAAAUUGAAAGUCUACUCCUCUUUUUUCACGUCGAUCCAUGUAGGUAGAUAAGACGAAAAAACUAAAGCUGUAGUCGUCUUGUGAUCAGUAUUAUAUGCCACGAAGAUUACUAGUACUACAUGAGAUGACAUAUUCAUUGAAAAAGAAAAAUUUCUCAAUCAGGAUGCGCACAGUGGACUAUGGCGAUGCAGAAUGGUUUUUGACGAUGGUCAAGAGCACACAUCAGAAAUUAAAAUCUGGAGAACUGCAGUCUUCUCAGAGAUUGCCCGAGCCACCAGAGAUUCCCGACGACACAAAACGGCAGAGCCUUGGAGGUAAGAAUCCAAGCUCUAUUCUCGAAAAUAUCGUUUUGUUGUUCAUCUAGAUGCCACGCUUGUAAAUACGAUCAGAAUCCUCACUGGAUCUGUCAAGUGAUUACUUAUCUACGUAUGUUGAAAAUAUCAAAAUCAAUUUGAAAUCAGUCAUAGUCAUGACGGUCAUUUGUACAACUUUCCUGUAAUUUGAUUUAUCCACAGGUAUUGCGAUGGAUGAUGAUGAGCUGGACAUUGCAGCUUCACCUGCUCAAAGCUCGCGUGCAGAGGACGUCGACGAAGACGAUAUCUAAUACACUUUUCCCGGUGGUCGUCGUCCUCUUAAGCGCACUUCAUAUGUUCGUUUCUUUCUCCACUAUCUUCUGGCUCGAAGUUGAACGCCAUCCUCUUCUAGUCUCUCAUCUCCCCGUUCUCCCCAACCUCCGAUAUUUACCUACGCAGCCCGUUUGGAGUUUCAAGAAGUCACGUUAUGAUUUGCAGAAAGCAGCACCAUAUUCUACAUAUUGGAGUCAUGAUGCUGAAGCAUGUGACAUCUAU